CUGAAGCCGUUGGGCAUCCGGCUGACCCCGCAACGCUUGGCCAUCGCCGAGGUGGUGGUUAAUUCCGCCGACCAUCCGACGGUGCGGGAGAUAUUUGAACGUGUGCGGGACUUCUUCCCGUAUGUAACUCUGGCGACGGUUUAUUCCACGCUGGCGCUCCUGCAACAGGCCGGCAUCGUGCGGGAACUGCCCUUCCAGAAACAGUCGCGUUACGACGCCAACCUUUCGCCCCACGCCAACCUAGUGUGCCUGGGAUGUGGCGCCGUGGUGGACGCCGACGUAGGCCAGGAUAAGGUGGCCGAGCUGGAGCGUUCCGUAAGCCGCGAUACCCAGUUCCAGGUGUCGUCCCAGCGCGUGGAUUUCUACGGUUAUUGCGAAGGUUGCGCGCCGGUCAACUAA